GCCACCUGCAGACUUGAUGCAUCGUGGGUUGCAUGCGGCGUACACAUGCUGAGUGAAUAGAAUGGACGCCCCUUCGGAUCUCUCUGCUCCUCAUACAAUCUCGAUUCCCGGAGGUCCUACCCUCGAGACUGAGUGGGACGAGAGGAAGCGGAGACAUAUGGUCUCCUGCGAUCUAUGCGGUAAAAAGAUCGCGUUGACUAAACACGGCCAUAAUCAUUCUCUGUUCGAGCAUCGCGGUCGAACCGAUCACGCCAACCAUGCCUUCACUACCACUGUACACAGUACCUCCCACACCCCAGCCAUCUCGAUCGGGAUCCCGCGUUGCAAGUGUCGAGCCAAUAACUUUCGAUGGAAGGCAGGAUCGGUCUGGGACACAUAUCCGUAUCAUCAGCAUGCGUUCCGCAAGUACCCAUGGGAGCCGAUUGGGAUUGAAAACGGAAACUGGUUCCGUCUGCGAGCGACAGACUGUGCACGCUCAGCUGUAUCAGCCGCGAGCGACAGCCCUAAUAUCUGCUGUAGUGCUUGUCAGAAUAUCCCAACCUCGGAUCGAUACCGAAAGUUCCUGAACAGAGCCAAAUCCGCGAGCGACCACACACCUUGGGAAUAUCUGAACCACAGACAGCUUUGCCGCGAUGCAGAUCGCAGUCUCUCGCGCUUGCGAGGCAAAUUGAACGAUCAUCAGCGGCUGGUGGUUCUCUUGGCGAAUAACGACAUACAGCGGCUUCAUCACCUGUUGUCGGUCGCACUGCGCAAGGGCGCGAGCCCUAAGGCUUUGAUAGCUCAGAUCGAUCGAGCCAUCAAUGGUCUAUACUGCGAUCGGGGACAAUUUGACGAGCGUAAAAUCAAGGCCGCAUUCCUGUCGAAGGUUCUUGGGGGUCCACGACUCUUGUUUGCGCUCUCAAAGUCGGAAAGAUUCCCGUCUGGGCCGACUGUUGGCCGUCGUAUGAAGGUACCUGAGCUUGACCCCUCCAUCAGCACCCCAACACGCCCCGAAUUCAAGAGGAAUUUUGCCUCACUCUGCAAUCCGGCACACAACCCACUUCCCCCGAGAUAUGGUCGUGCAAAGCAGCUUGCAGGUCUUGUAGUCAUGGUCGAUGGGAUCGCAAUUGAGGAGCGGUGUCGCUACCUCCCAUCCCGGAACGCGAUAGCAGGCCUGGCUCGAGAAGACGCAAGUAAGGUGUCACUCGAGGUCAAGAGCUACGAGGAUGUGCAGAAGGUUGAGAAUGCACUCGUAGAUGGAGUGUGCUCUCAUGGGAAGGAUGCUACCGUCGUGUCGAUCGCACCGUACGCUCGAGUCGAUCACUACAACGCCUUACCGCUUGUAGUCUCACCAUCAAACAAGCACGAGACGGGCGAGCAACUUGCUCGUUGGCUGUGGGACUUCUGUGACUCGUGGCGUACCGACCCGCACGGCGAAGCUGUCAGGGGCACGAUCUGGGCCUUAGCAAGUGAUGGCGACGCCGCAUUUCGCCUCGCGAAACAUAUCAUCUGUUCGACACACGCUGUACCUGCGGAGACAGAGCUUGGGAGCCGGCUGUGCAGACUCAAGGGUAUGAACCGGAUGACUAGCGCGACAGGCAUUGUUGCCACCUGUGACCCUAAACAUGUGUUCAAACGCUUUGCAACGCUUAUACGGAACCCAAGAGGCAUCCUGAUUGAUGACACACACCUACAGUCGACAGAUUUUUUUGAGCACUUGAGAGAUCUGCCGGAUAUGUCUCCGGAAAAAGCGAGCCGGCUUCUCGACCCCGCCGACAAGCAAAACGUUCCGAAAGCGGUCCAUCUGAUACAGGAGCUACUCAACAUUGAGAAACACGCGCCCCGCCCUCUGCACGACCUCUUUCCGGGGAGAUCCCACCGCCGCCAUAUCCUCUCCUUCUUUGCCCGCGUCCUCGGCUUCUUUGUCCUGCCAUUUGUGACCAUCAGUAUGUCACUGGCAGAACAGAUACAUUCUCUCGCAACAUACUCACAUCUGGUCGCUGUCCUGUGGGUCCGACACGGGACAGCAUUCAUGAACGGAGGUCUCUACGCUGAUUCCCAAUCAAUUGUCAAAAAUAUCAUUUUCACGGUACUGCGCCUGCAGCUCCUGGACGACGACAUACCUUUCCAUAUCAUCUUUGAAGGGACAGACCGUCUCGAAUCCCUGUUUGGCAACUGUCGCACACAGGAUCACAACCGUAAUUUCGAUGUCUUGCAACUGUGCCAGAAGCUCAGCGUUGCCACCAUGAUUGACUUGAUCUUCGAAAGCGAACCUGAUUGGGACCGCGGACACCGGCGUCUUGACCUAAAGGACGCGCUCGGGAUAGAUCAUGUCAAUCCCCGUUCGUGGACUGGUGAUGUUCGCGUCGGGGAAGUCGAUGUUGCAACAGAAUGGGCGCGAGGUCGUUACACUGCAGAACAAGUCAUCAUUCAGUUUCUUGGACCGGACGCAGCCGAGGCGUUCGAAUCGCUGUACGAUCAGGACAACUGCGACUUGCUCCGGCCAGAAGGUACCUAUGUCGGCGUGAGGCACGAUCCUGGCGACGACAUCGAGGAGAUCACAGCAUCCGCACACACUCCCGAAAAUGCAGUAGUCCACGCAUCUGCACAGGAUGUCAGCGACUCAGACAACGGCAAUGAAUUUGACGAUGUGCCAGUGGGCCUUGGCAUUGAGGACUUCCUGCCAGAUACAGAGCAGGACCUCGAAGACGAUGUGGCGAUGACAUCGUCCGAGGAUCGCUUCGUGACGGUGGAGGGCAAGAGAUACUUGAAGGCUUCCGUUGUCACGGCUUUACUCACGUCAAGCCGAGCGCGGAAGGUUCCCCUUCGAACGCUCCGAAAUCGUGGCGUAACGUUCGAGGAUAUGAGUGGCGGAGACAAGUGGAAUAGCUCCGAACUCACCAGUGGCAAUCUCGUCAAGACGGGCGAUAUUGCAGCGUCACUUCUGCGUGUGCAAUCGACUAUCUGCCUCGCCGUCGUAGAGAUAACGGGGUUCCGUUGUGGAAGCGGUGAUGAUCAAACCUUCCUAUCGUGCAUCAGCGUGGAUGAUCUCGAGGACAGGGCAUCAGCACCCACAGUUACAGUCCAGGUGCUCGACAUGUUCACGCCGGAGCCAUCUACCGACCCUGCUGAGAAGUGCAGUUGGCAGUGGACUCACUCGUACAUCCGGCUCGAUUCACAAAGCAAUAGUCAGCGCAUCAUGCAACGUCAGCAUACCAUCAACAUACCUGGCCAUUUGAUUCAUCCACUCGGGCCGACUAUCAUUGCCCUACGUCUGUCAAACGAUCAAGUCAAUCAGCCCAUUGUCCCGAGAUAUGCCAAUGGCAAGGACUCACAAAUCGCGAAGACGUGGUCCGUACCAAGGACACAACUGGAAGAUAUCCUGACGUUCGCAUGGGAAGCACUCUCCCCCAACACGGAAGACAUUAUCGCAAAUAUCGAGCACUUACCGUCAGUAUCCACCCAAAGCCUGCCAUAUCAGGACACAAUAGGGAAUGACGUGUUCACCGUCCUUGAUGUACCAACUUGGCUCACAAUCGAGAAGAAGACCGGCUCGGAUGUCGUCCCUUGUCUAAUCUGUGGAAGUAAGGAGGCUGAUCGAUGUUUAAAAUCACUCACCUGCCGACUUCAUGAUCAGCUCGGCGUCGAUCCUUGCGGCUUCUGCGGGAUGGACGGGUGUGUCGUUCAGCUAACCAAGAAGAACAACAGCAUGUCAGUUGCUUGCAGCUGUCCAUACCACUACACAUCAAUGAGCUAUGCCGCAGCCAAGACAGUAAGCAAGGCCACUCCGUGUACAAACGUACCGAUACACUGCCCUCUGUGCCCGAUUGGCCCGUCAGGACAGCCGCGCACUAUUUGGAAGUACAACGUGCUCUUCCAUGUUGCGAAGGAGCACUGUACCGAUGAUCACGAGUUGCCGCCUAUUCCGCUACAGCUCGCAGUCGACAUGCAUAUAUCGAUCGAGGAGGAGAGCUUGAUGCGGAUCGCGAAAGACGUCACGGAGGACUGGCGGAAGCAACACGAGAUUCCAAACAGCGACGAGGUAGAGGCGUAUCGCGAAGAGUUGAAGGCGAGCCAGACGAAGGGUAAAAAGCGCAUGCGAUCGCAGUCAACCGCUGUAGUCGAACGAGGAGGACCCAAGUCGCGCGCCCGACGCUAG